CCCUUUGUUCUUGACCCAGAUUGUAAUGGGCUUCAUCAAUAUCGAACGGUUUCUCUGAUGUAUAUGUUUGCUGCGGAUGGAGAUACUGGUGGGGUUCUUGGACUUCCAGGCCGUGUUUUCCGUCUUAAGUUGCCUGAAUGGACACCAAACGUGCAAUAUUACUCCAGUAAAGAGUUUCCUCGGCUUGAUCAUGCGCUGCAUUACAAUGUUCGAGGAACUUUAGCGCUGCCUGUAUUUGAACCAUCUGGGCAAUCCUGUGUUGGUGUACUGGAGCUCAUAAUGACCUCCCAGAAGAUCAACUAUGCUGCUGAGGUAGACAAAGUAUGCAAAGCACUGAAGGCUGUAAAUUUGAAAAGUUCGGAGAUAUUGGACCACCCAAACACUCAGUCUGGACAGGUCAAUGGGAUGGGUUAUAUGAACCAGAUAUGCAAUGAAGGCCGGCAGAACGCAUUGGUUGAAAUCUUGGAGAUACUAACUGCGGUAUGUGAAACUUACAAACUACCUCUGGCUCAGACUUGGGUUCCAUGCAGGCAUCGCAGUGUUCUGGCUGAUGGUGGUGGGUUGAAAAAGAGCUGCAGCAGCUUUGAUGGAAGCUGCAUGGGACAGAUCUGUAUGUCCACAACGGACGUGUCUUUUUAUGUUGUUGAUGCUCACAUGUGGGGUUUUCGUGAAGCUUGUGCGGAGCAUCACUUACAAAAGGGACAGGGAGUUGCUGGAAGAGCAUAUGCUUCACAAAGAUCAUGCUUUUGUGAAGAUAUUACACAAUUUUGCAAAACUGAGUACCCCUUGGUACAUUACGCACGCUUAUUUGGGUUGACCAGUUGUUUUGCGAUCUGCUUACGGAGCAGUCUCACUGGCAAUGAUGAUUAUAUUCUGGAAUUUUUUCUUCCGCCAGACUCUCGGGAUUACAAUGACCAGCAGGCUUUGUUUAACUCGCUCUUAGUGACAAUGAAGCAGCACUUCAGGAGUCUCAGGAUUGCUUCCGGUGGGGAACUUGAGCAUGACUGGAGUUCAGUUGAGAUUAUUAAGGCUUCCACUGAAGAAAAAAUUGACACAAAGCCUGAAUCUGUUCCAGUACUGAAAUCUCUUCCUCAGCCUACUAGUUUACCUAAUGGAUCGACACAUCUUGAUCUAUUGAGAGAGCAGCAGUUGGCAGCGGGAUCCGUUGUUGCAAAGGGUGCAGGUGAAGCCCCUAACGGUGUAUCUAACGCAGACAAUAAAGUGGUAGGAAAGAAAUCAGAGAAAAAACGUGGAAAAGCUGAGAAAACAGUAAGUUUAGAGGUUUUGCAACAGUAUUUUUCCGGAAGUCUUAAGGAUGCUGCAAAGAGUCUUGGCGUUUGCCCUACCACAAUGAAACGCAUAUGUAGGCAACAUGGCAUCUCUAGAUGGCCUUCUCGCAAGAUAAAUAAGGUCAACCGUUCUCUUUCAAAGCUAAAGUGUGUAAUUGAAUCCGUUCAAGGAGCCGAAGGUACAUUUACUCUGACUUCACUGGCACCAAAUUCACUUCCUGCUGCUGUUAGUUCAAUUUCUUGGCCUAAUGGUGCAAAUGGUUCCAAUCUACCAAGUUCACCAUCGUCUAAACCUUCAGUAUUUCAUGAGGAGAAGAAUGAGUUCACUGCCCAUGGAACUCCAGAAAGUCGUGAACAAGCCGAACCCUCAAAUGAAUUGCUAGGAGGCAGGAUAUCCAGGAAGGAGGAACUCAGUCCUCCGCAGAACGGUUUUCUGCAUGCUGAAGGCUCACGUAAGUCCAGAACAGGGAGUGUCUCGAAAGAAGAGAGCGCAGGGACGCCUACUUCCCAUGGUUCAUGCCAAGGCAGUCCUAACGCUGGAAAUGAAUUCUCCCCUUCGAACGAGCUGGUUAAUUCACCUGCACGUGAGUUAUGCAUGAAAGUCGGAGGCUCCCUGGAAGCAUCUCAUCAGACCACAAAAGAAAUCAGCCUUGGGUCGCUCAAGGAACACAAUCAGAAACUAUUUAGAGGAAUGUUAGUCGAGGAUGCAGGAAGCUCUCACGAUCUGAGAAAUCUUUGUUCACCUGGAGACGCUCUGGUUGAUGAACGUGUCCAAGAAUACAAUUUGACGAACCCACCAUUUUCUGAUGCUACUGCCAAGGAUCCCGUUUAUGUUCAUGCUGCCUGGCCGGAAGUGACAUCCGUUACAAUAAAAGCAACAUAUAAGGAUGAUAUCAUAAGAUUUCGCCUUUCCUUAAGUUCUGGUAUAUUUAAGUUGAAAGAAGAAGUAGCGAAGAGGCUUAAGUUAGAACUGGGCACCUUCGACAUCAAGUAUCUAGACGAUGACCUUGAGUUAGUUUCGAUUUCUUGUGAUGCAGAUCUGCAGGAAUGUGUCGAUAUCUCAAGAUCAUCGGGUAGCAGUAUCGUGAGGUUGUUAGUUCUUGAUAUUAUGUCCAACUUAGGUAGCUCCUGUGAGAGCUCAGGUAAAUGACCAAGGACUUAGGCUGUAAAUACAUAAAAUUAGUCAAGUAAUUAUUGUUAUACUAGGUUGUGUAAAUUUUGAUUGACAAGUUCUCUGUAAUUGUAACAAAUUUUCAUUUGUAUCAAGCCUCUUAAGUAAAUAUAUUGUGUUUUUUUGUU